CCCAACACAAACAGCUGCUGCUGCUGCUGAGGAGGAGAGUUGGAGCUUCACCUGGGCCGUUACCGUCCGCACGCACAGCAGGGGGAGGACGACGAAGGUGUGGAGGAUGAGGAGGAGAGGGGAGCCGAAAGAAGACGGCGCCACACUCAUCGCCAUGGAAACAAACUAUGGCAGCAUCACCAAGAAUGCACCUGUGCAGCCUCGGGACAGGAAUGUGUUCCGUGAUGGAGUCGCUCGAGUUGAUUUCGUGUUGGUGUGGGAGGAGCCUCGGAGCUCUCAUGAGGAAAGCCCCGCCCACCGGAAGUGGAGGGAGGAGUUUCUGAGCAGGCUGAGUCAUGCUGGACUGCUGCAGGAGCAGAGGGAAGUCCUCCAGGCCAAGAAGAGGAUCUGCUUCGUCCUCCUCAGCGCGCCAUGGAGCGUCCUCUGUUACUACGCUGAGGAGAUCUGUCUCAGGGUCCCCCUGCAGGUGGUCAACACUUCAGUGGUGAACUGGUCUGAAGAGAUCCUGUCCAAGCUGUCCCUCCCCAACCCCCUGUCCCAGGACGUCCCCAGUCCACCACCAGACUUCUACACCUGUCAGUUCAGGACCAACAAGCUGCAGAGGUUUCUGGGCAGCGAAGACAAAGAGACGUUCUUUAAGACGACCCAGAGACACCAGGUGCUGUAUGAGAUCCUGGCCAGAACUCCCUAUGGUUCGGUGAAGAAGGGAGAGGUGGGAAUCGACCGGCUGGUCAGUGAGCAGGUCUUCACUGCUGCGUAUCCACUGCAUGAGGGUGACUUCCAGCUGCCGACCCCCCCCACCGCUCCUGAAUCUUUAGUACUGAGACAGAUACUGUAUGCGUACUGGGCCAAGUGGUCCUGCUGGAGACAGUACCAACCUCUGGACCACAUCAGAGAGUACUUCGGGGAGAAGAUUGCACUUUACUUCGCCUGGAUCGGGUUCUACACCGGCUGGCUCUUACCAGCAUCUCUGGUUGGGACUCUUAUCUUCCUGGUGGGCUUCUAUCUCGUGGCUUCUGAUGUUCCAACGAAGGAGGUGUGUGAGAGUGGAGACACCUUCAUCAUGUGUCCUCUCUGUAACAUCUGCUCUUACUGGAACUAUUCCAGCAUCUGCACCACCUACAAGGCAGGUCUCCUGUUUGAUAACGGAGGAACGGUCUUCCUCAGCAUCUUCAUGUCUCUAUGGGCCGUCACCUUCCUGGAGUACUGGAAAAGGACCUGUUCCACCCUGUCCCACCGCUGGGACUGUUCCGAAUUCCAGGACAUCGAGGAGCGACCUCGUCCAGAGUUUACCGCCAUGGCGCCGAUGACCAUGAGGAACCCGGUGACCGGAGCAGAGGAACCUUACUUUUCCGAGAAGAAAAGAUUCAACAGAAGUAUGACAGGCUGCAUGGUCAUCAUCAUCAUGAGCGCUGUGGUGCUGAUGUUUCUCAUCGCCAUCAUUUUAUAUCGAACAAUCCUCAGCAUCAUCAUCUACAAGUCUGAGUACAGCUUUUUCAACAUUUCAGCUGGGAGGAUAGCCAGUCUUUCAGGAUCAGUGUUGAACCUGCUGGUCAUCCUCAUGUUGUCCAGAGUGUACAUCACACUGGCCGACAUCCUCACCCGUUGGGAAAUGCAUCGCACCCAGACCAAAUAUGAAGACAUGUUCAUCCUCAAAGUUUUCAUCUUCCAGUUUGUCAACUUCUAUUCGUCUCCAGUUUACAUCGCUUUCUUCAAAGGCAGGUUCGUUGGUUACCCUGGUGACUACAACACUCUGUUUGGAGUUCGCAAUGAAGAUUGUGGGGAAGGUGGAUGUCUCAUUGAACUGGCUCAGGAGCUGCUCGUCAUCAUGGUGGGAAAACAGCUGAUCAACAACAUCCAGGAGUUCAUUUUCCCGAAGUUGAUGUCCUGGUGGCAGAAGAGGAAGAUGAGUCCUCAACUAAAGGAAAAAGAAGAGGAAGCUGGGAAGGAGGAAGAGAUUUCUCCCUGGGAGUCGGACUACCAGCUGCUGGUCUGCGAGGGCCUCUUCAGUGAAUAUCUGGAGAUGGUGCUUCAGUUUGGCUUCAUCACCAUCUUCGUGGCGGCGUGUCCUCUCGCUCCUCUCUUUGCUCUCAUCAACAACUGGGUGGAGAUCCGUCUGGACGCCCAGAAAUUUGUGACUGAAUAUCGCCGCCCGGUGGUGGAGCGAGCUCAGGACAUCGGCAUCUGGUUUCCCAUCCUGCAGUUCAUCACACACAUGGCCGUCCUCAGCAACGCUUUCCUCAUAGCUUUCACCUCCAACUUUGUACCUCGUCUGUAUUACCGCUACACCAGAGACGACACGCUGAGCGGCUUCAUCAACUUCACUCUGGCUACAUCACCACAGAGCUACAACCAGCACCACAACAUGUCCUGCAGGUAUCGGGGUUUCCGGGAUGAGAACGGUCAGUACCUGCCGGAGUACUUCCACCUCCUCGCUAUCCGGCUGACUUUUGUCAUCAUCUUUGAGCAUGUGGUCUUCUUCAUCGGCCGUCUGAUUGACAUGAUGGUUCCAGACAUCCCUGAAGAGGUGGAGAUGAAGAUGAAGAGGGAGCACUACAUGGCUAAAGAGGCUCUGGCCGAGAACCAGUCGUUGGGGAAAACCAUGAUUCCAGGUGAUGAGACGGUCCCGUCAGGUGACCUGCGACAUCGUGGAUCCAGGGUCUCACCCCCGCAGAGCGACUCACCUCCACCAGCCUUGAAGGAGAUCCCGGAGGAAACCGACCAAUCAGGAAGCUGCAGGGAGGAGCCAUGAUAUGUAGCCCAUGCAGGACAAUAUGAGACCUUCAGACCUUGUUUCCAGGUUUUACAGCAGCUCUACAGCUACCUGUAACUAACAAGCGUAGCUCCUGUAGACCACACGCCCUGAUUUUAGCUCCUGUAGGUUGUUUGUGGAUCCUUUUAUGACUACAUGAUAAAACCAAAUGAAAAUCCUGUUAAAUGAAUUCAGUGUAAAUAAAUUUCUUACA